AUGGAGCGAGAUCAAGAUGCUCACCUCAAAAAGAAGGUUGCAGAUGAAAUGGAGUUUGCCGUGCAGUGCUCUAAAUGUUUCAAAUGGCGCUACAUACCUACAGAGGAGAGGUAUGAAAAAAUAAGGGAACACCUAUUGGAAUGUCCUUUCUACUGUGAAGAUGCUCGUGAGUGGCGUCCUAGUAUAUCAUGUAACGAUAUACCAGAUAUAACUCAGAAAGAAAAAAAACUAUCGGCAUUUGAUAAGCCUGGUAUUCCUCAGCCUCCUUCGGGAUGGAAACGAAUUGUAAAAGUAAGAACAAGAGGCACCAUUUUUGCUGAUGUGUAUUAUGAUUCGCCUAAUGAAAAAAGAUUACGUUCCAUACCAGAAGUUGAAAGGUACUUGAAGCAACAUUCGGAGUAUGCAUCACAAGGCGUAAAACUGAAAAAGUUUUCAUUUAAGACCCCAAGAUCUCUACAACAAGAUUAUGCUAAAAAGCGUAGUCCAACGCCUCCAACACCUUCAGAUGAUAUAAAUGGUGAUAAUGCUGGUAUGUCUAUGUGA